CGCCAUUCACCAGGAGAGAAGAGGGAAAGGGCAGGAUGUCGCUCCCUCGCCACUCGUACGACCCGCGCCGCGUGUGUCUUCUCCCCUUUCCGGCCCUGCCGCGCUUCCUGCGGUCCAACAAGCGCUCAGCGGGCAUCUACGCCAGCGGCGCCCUGUUCAGCCUGGCAUGGUGGAUCUUCUUUGACGCAGUCAUCCUAUCGGCAGUCCGCUCGCGUGCUCCGCUCCCGCCCGACCAGGGCGGCCCUCCACCUGGUGAUGGCGAUGGCGACGAAUGGCUGCCUCCAGCCGUCUCUGUGACAUUCUCGGACUGGAUCCCUGGCCUCCUCGCAACUCUUGGCAUGAUCGUCGUGAACCUCAUCGACAAGAGCAUCCUGGCUGAGGUAGGCGGCUUUGGCGGCAUGUCCUUUGGUGGCGGUGGCGGUGGUUUUGGUGGAGACGGUGUCCAGUGGCGGGCGAGACUCUUUCUCUUUGUCGGAUUCGCCCUCUUGGCCGGCGGGCUCGCGGGGAGCGUGACCCUGCUGACGAUCAAGUACAUCGUCGCGGACCUCCCGCCUGGGUAUGAGUACUACGGAUUGGCGAGCGUGAUCCAGAAUGCUGCCAUUAUGCUUUCGACGGUCCUCCUCUGGAUUUCGCAGAGCACAGAGAGCGACUACGAGUACAACCUGACCUUGUAGGCUCUCGCUGUACAAAAGCGGGGAGGGCAGUGGAAAAAGGACAGAGCGAUAAUGCAAUAAUCUUUUGAAGGACCCAAAAAGGGCCUGAUAGUGUAUACAAGCGAUGACGACCACAGAGAACGGAGGGGAUGACUGGAUUAAUGUGCGUCAAAGAGGUAAAUGCAGAUAAAGCCGUAAAUGGGCAAGACGAGGUUGUCGUUUUGUGAAGCGACGCCUUCCAGGAUGCCGAGUGUCAA